AUGGACGAAGUUACCCCUCAUUGGAAAAGACUUAGUUUUGGUGAUGAUGGUUACAUCAAAGGAGAAAAAUUGAAUAUCUCUAUUACUUCCGAAUUGGAAGCGAUACAAGAGGGGUUUUCGAAGACAAAGGGUGCUCCGAAGAAAUUGAAGCCUACACCGAAUGAUAACUCGACUUCACGGUCUCCUUCUUAUUGUGAGUAUGUCGAUAAACUUUUUCCCGACUCACCGACUCCUAAAUCUCAAAAAUCUCAAAAAAGUUCAAACAAAGGAGCUUGCAUAAGCAAACCGCCUCCGACACCUAUUCCACUAAAAAUUCCAAUCAUUGAAGAGAUGCCUAUUCCACAAAAAAUUCCAUCCAUCAAAGAGAUGCUUGUUUUUAUGCACCCUUAUAUCGAGCGGAUCGUAGAUGUUGUGGGGGACGAUAAUUACAGUUACCGAACCGUCUCGGCAUUGUUUGGUAAUGGAGAGGAGAGCCAUAUGCUUGUACGUCAUGAACUCCUCCAAGAGUUGAAGACGCAUAAAGAAGCGUACACGCGGUUAUAUGGAGAUGACAUUAAAUUUGAAGCGGUUAACGAAGCUCUUGUUCCUUGGAUGGGUGCUUAUGCACCGGUGUCUAAAUGGAUGAGAUUCCCAUAUAUGAGACAUCUUAUUGCAUGUGCAUAUGAUAUGGUGUGCAUUGACUUGACGCGUUAA